UAAUUUAUUGAACAUUUUUACUGAAAGAUGUGGAUAUCAGGAUGCCUAGUUGCCCUUGGAUCAUUAAUCCUACACACGAUUGCAGCCCAUGCAAAGUCUAUUACAGAAGAAGAUAGAAAUUCACUUAAGUCUGCAGCUAAUUUGGCAACAACAAGUGGAGUCUCAAUGUGAUUAUUGGCUCUUUCAGGAGGCCACUUUUUGAUCUUUCUGACUCAGUUCUUAGGAGUAACUUUGUUUUCUGGAUUGAUCUGUUACAGAAUUUAUACUGGAGAUGAAACAUUUAAGAGACUAGUUCCUUAUGGAGGGAUGUUAAUGAUGUUAUCAUGGGUCUUAAUGGCCAUCCUAAUUUCUCCAAAGAUUGAUGCAUAAGUUUAUUAACUUCAAGCAAACUUUGAUAUUAA